AGUUAUGAGCUCACUGCUUCAGCAAUAGGAUUCGUGUUUUCUAGCUCUACAAUGGAGUCAACCUUGUUAGCAGCUUCCACAGCAAACUCUCUCCUUACACUACCCAAAUCCAUAUACUCCACCUCUUUCAUUUCUCACUUCCAGUGCCAUUCCUUCGCUCCUCCGUCUACUCACAUUGUUUUACCCUGUCGACUCGCUGGGGCCAGGCUUCGGAGCUUCCGUCCGAGAGAAUUCGGGGAUCUGACCCGCCUCGGCUCGGUUUCUCGUACCGGUAACUCGGGAGCGCUCUGCUGGCAGCCGGUUCGGAAGGAGCCGCAGCGAAUUGUCUCCAUCUCUGCCACAGGAGGGGGAGUUAGUGAUGAUGUAUCCGCUUUGUCUUCUGAUGUCAUUGUUCUUCACGUUGAUGGGAUGAUGUGUGGGGGUUGCACCUCCAGCGUGAAGAAGAUUUUAGAAAAUCAACCACAGGUUUCUUCAGCUACUGUUGAUCUUACAACGGCAACAGCAACCAUAUUGCCUGUAUCUGAAGCCAAGGCCGUGGCAGGCUGGCAAAAGCAAUUGGGAGAGGAACUUGCAAAGCAUUUGACUAGUUGUGGAUUCAAAUCUGACUUCCAAGGUCUGGGAGCUCCUACUGAAGGAUAAAUUCCAUCAUGAAGGCAGAGAAUUUCUCGCAAUAAGCAUCGAUCUUCCAUCAUGGUAAACCGCACCUAGUGGCGAAUUUAUUGAAGGAAGCCAUCUUCAUCAUGAGAAAACAUAGUAUUAUCAAUGAUCUGAGGGCUGAGGCCCCCUGUUGAAUUAUAAAAUCCUAAGACACAUUUGCCACUCA